CACAUAUAAAUGCUGUUUUCUCUGUAUCGUCACUGUGUUAGUCGUUGAAAGCUUGGUGCUGUUCAACGCUAAGGUAACACCUUGGCAAACCAAAUUAAGUCACCCUGUAUUUAAAAUUCGUGGCGAAUCCAAUCAACCCUUCGUCCAUACGGGUAUGAAUCAAGACGAAUCCAAACAACCGUACGUCACUGAGAAACGUAGUAUAUAUUGUAAAUCUAAAGAGUCACCCAUGGAUGAGGAGAUGUAUGCCAACCAAAUUAGGUCUUUCUUAGAAUUUCAAUACAAUGAAACCUUUAUAAUAGGCGACAUAUUACGCAUUGUUGUCUCGGUCGAAGGCAAUGAAGGAAAUCUAACAUCUGCAUGCAAUGUCGGUGAUUACUUACGGGCGUCAAUUUCUAGUGUUAAAACGAAGUCUGGCGCAGUUGGGAUCAUCACAGACCACGGGAACGGCACGUACACGGCAACCUUCCGACUGCUGUGGGCAGGUGAUGUUCACAUGAAGAUCCAACUUGUCCAUUCACAUCAGGCCAUAGAUGUUAUAAAAAGAACAGUAAUGGAACAUCCUAUUGACAAAGUUAUGUUUCAGAAAACAUACACAGUCGGUAAGGACAAAAUCUACACCAGGUGUAACGUAGAUCCAGCCAUCUUCAACAAAACUACACCGAUCUGUGACUACUCCGACCCGCAUGCAGGUGCAAGUUGGUACUGUGAAAAAGCCUCGAAUAUAUCCUGCAAUACACCAGGCUACCACAGCUAUCUAAGCACAAAUUUUUCGCUGUUGAGGAACGGAGAGGAAGUUCGUUUUGGCAGGGGACUAAAAGGUAUUAAGUGGAAGGUGUAUGCAUCUCCAUCCCCAAUCAAAGUUAUCGGUGGACUGGACCCUUUGGCCAAUCGUACGCGUUGCAAGCCGGGACUUCCAACCAACCAGAUCUCGGGAUUUUAUGAAGAUCGCGUCUGGAACUCACUAGUCUGUCAGAAUAGACACUUCUCAAGCCAAUCAGAAUGGGGAAAAUGUCUAAGGGGAAAGACUUUGCAUCUGAUGGGAGACUCUACCAUUCGCCAAUGGUACGAACAUCUUGUGGAGAUACUGAAUAUCACCAACAGUAUCCUUCCAGAGGGUAACCGCCGGACUGGACCUAUGUUGGCUCGUGACACAAUUAACAACAUUACGGUACAAUUUCGAGCCCAUGGACCACCUCUUCGUUGCCCAUCGACACCGACCUUCCACCUAGAGUACGUCACUAAUGUCAUCGAUAAAAUCGAUGGAGGGCCAAACGACGUCGUCGGCAUCACGGUCUGGGCUCACUUCACCUCGUACCCUGUGGACAUGUACAGAGAGAGGAUGGAGGCCAUCCGAGCUGCGAUUCAACGGCUGCAUCAGAGGAAUCCUAAGACUCUCGUGGUCAUCAAGUCCGCCAACACGCAAAGAGGGUAUGCGCUUAUCGGCGCAGAUUGGCUAGCCCGUGAGUUAGAUUUGAUAAUGAGAAAGACGUUUAAGGGGAUGAGGGUGGUUCUUGUUGAUGCCUGGGAAAUGACAACUGCGCAGCAGUGGUAUGAAGACGAAAUUCAUCCUGCCAGUGAUAUUAUCAUACAAGAACUAGAAUUUCUCUGCUCUUUUGUUUGCCCUCUGUAGGUGUAGGUAGGUGCCCGGUCUAGACAUAAACAGAAAAACAAAG